CUCCCCUUCCUCUUCUCCUCCUCCUCCUCCUCCUCUGCUGCUCCCCGUGGAGCCCGACACACUGCUCCGGGUGGCAGGAAGCUGCCAGGAUGCUGACACUGGAGUCAGCAAAAGAAGCAGAAGUUGGGACAGUGUGUGAAAAACACCAGAGGGCUUUAGAUGUCUUCUGCGAAGAGGAUCAAACAUCCAUUUGUGUGGUUUGCCACCUGUCCGGAAAUCACAGAGAACACACCGUGCUUCCCAUAGAGAAGGCUGCUGAGGAUUACAAGAAACAAAUUCAGAGCCGUUUGGAGAUUUUGAAGAAAGAGAGAGAAGAGAUUCUGUCAUUUAAACUGAGUGGGGAAGAUAAAUGCCAGGAACUGCUGAAACAGCUAGAAACUGAGAAGCAGAAGAUUGUAUCUGAAUUUCAGCAACUGCGCCAGUUUUUGGAGGAACAAGAGCAACUCCGGCUGGCCCAGUUGGAAGAGCUGAAUCAGGAAAUUGAAAAGGGGAGGGCUGAGUAUGUUGUCAAAAUAUCUGAGGAACUAUCCUCUUUCAGUUCCCUGAUCAGUGAGAUGGAGCAGAAGAGCCAGCAGCCAGCGAGUGAAUUCCUGCAGGACAUCAAAGGCACCUUGAGCAGGUGUGUGAGAGAGUUUCAGAACCCAGAGGCCUUUUCUUCUGAGCUGAAAUGGAGAAUCUGGGAAUCGUCUCAAAGAAAUGCAUCUGUGGAGACCAUAAUGAAGAAAUUCAAAGACUCACUGUCGUCUAGGUGCCGGUUGGACAAAGCGAACGUGACCCUGGAUCCAGACACGGCCCAUCCCCGACUCAUCCUGUCUGCGGAUCGGAAAGGUGUGAGCUGGGGAGUCACACAGCAGGACCUGCCCAACAACCCUGAGAGAUUUGACAGCUGGCCCUGUGUGCUGGGCUGUGAGGGAUUCAGCUCGGGCAGCCAUUACUGGGAGGUGGAGUUUGGGGCGCAGGUGGAGAUAGGGAGGGGAAUGUGUGAUGUCGGGGUGGCCAGAGAGUCUGUGAAUAGGAAGGCAGAGAUCGACUCUAUCCCUGAGGAGGGGAUCUGGGCUGUGGGGUGCAGAAGGGGAACGUACUGGGCUCUCACGUCUCCUGCGCAGCGCAUCCCCUUGUACCCGAUCCGGGGACACCGCAACAUCUGGGCACCCCGCAGGAUCCGGGUUUAUCUGGACUAUGAAGGGGGGCAGGUGGCAUUUUUCGAUGCUGGUCGCGGGAUGUCGAUCGCCACUUUCCCGCCGGCCUCUUUCGCCGGGGAGACGAUCCGCCCGUUCUUCCGGGUUCAUGGUCUUGUGCCACUCACACUGUGCCCCUGAGGUGCCCUGCCUGUCCCCAUGAAACAGGCUCCUCGAGCCCCCUUCCUCCUGAUCUCUAUGACCUGGAGGACUCAGCCUGUCUCCCCUUGCAUGGAUCACUGGCUCACCUAAUUAGUCUUCUCUGUUUUUAACAUGGAGGGAAAGCCACAGCUCCAGCCUGUGCUGUGUAAUCUGUGGACCCAAAACAAACACAGGAGCUUGUACCUCUGUCUCAACACACGGGUUACAAACAUUUAAAAACAAAGACAUUCUGAUAAUGCAACAGAAAAAUUCCUGCUUAAAUCUAGAAGUCCUAAGAAAAUGAAAGCUUAAUAGAACUUUUGCAUGGAUUUGUUACCAAGUGGGGAGGAAAAUAAACUUCUCUCCGAUCCACUGGAUUACAGAAUAAGGGGAAUAGAAACCAGCUGUUACUAAGGUUCUGGGGGGUUCACUCUGGGGUGUUUCUUCAGGC